UAACACUUUUUCGCGAGCGUGGAGUCUGGCGCAUUUGGAUGAUUUUAUUCUACGGUCGCUUCAGCAUCACUCACAAGACUGUCUACAACACCAUCCUCUCCUCGCGACUCUUUGGGCACGACAAUCUCCAAAAACUCACUAAUCAUGGCCCUUCCUGGACUUUCGCUACCUGGUCUCGGCCCCAGCGCAAGUCCUGCAACGCCUCUCACUGCCGGUGUGCCAACCUCACAAGCGGCAGCUCCACGUGUAGAGACUCUAUCACCGCAGUCAGAAUGGAGAUUCGAGUGCUCCUUCUCACAGCGGUACAGCAUCAAACUCGAGAGCGGGCAUGCCGAGAUGUUUGGCGUUGAGCUUGCUCUCAAGCAGACAUAUACUUUCACAGGCUGCAAAGGGGCCAUCUUCACGUGGCAAGGCUGCCAACUGGAAAUAUCUGGCAACGCUGAGAGCGAGUAUGCUGGACAGGAGACAGACUACGCGGUCGAGUGGCUCAAUGUGCAUGGUUUGCUGGAAGGCAUGAGGGUUCCAGGCCGAUCAGACGGACCGAGAGUACUUGUAGUGGGUCCGGACUUCGUGGGAAAAAGCAGCAUUGUCCAGAGCUUGGCAGCAUGGGCAGUGCGAAGCGCAAAAGGUCCAACUGUCGUGAACCUAGACCCACGUGAAGGUCUACUUGCGCCGCCGAGUAGCUUGACUGCAGUCACACUUGACGCGGCCAUGGAUGUCGAGAAUGGCUAUGGUAUCGGUCCUAUGUCAGGCCCGACGGUAUCGCCAAUGCGCACACCUUUGAUCUACCACUUCCCAUAUGCAUCCCCAACUGAGAAACCCGAAAUCUACAAGUCUGUCAUCACGCGGAUGGCACUUAGCGUUACAAAUCGACUCGAAGAGAACGCGACCACCAAAAGCAGUGGCAUCAUCAUUGAUACGCCAGGUGCGCUCAAUGACCCGAAGUCCAACUACGAGCUCAUUGCGCACAUCAUAUCAGAAUUCAGCAUAAAUGUUGUCCUAAUCAUGGGCUCUGAACGACUAGCCAGCGACAUGGCCCGACGUUUCGGAGGUAAUAAGUUACCAGAUGAGGCCGUCCAAGUCCUCCGCAUCACAAAACCUGGAGGUGCCGUGGAGAGAGACAACGCAUUUAUGAAGCAGUUACGAGCACAGCAGAUACGCCAAUACUUCUUUGGAUCCUCCAAGGAGUCGCUCAAUCCGCGUUCACACUAUGUUCCUUUUACAGAAGUUGACAUCUUCCGGGCCAAGUCUGCGCAUAUUGCUGCUGCUGAGGACGACUCAUUUGGGCCAGGUGCUGACGACGAUGACUACGAUGUCCCAUAUGCGAGCAAGCCGGCCAAGACAGUCGUAUAUGAAAAGACCAGCCCCAUAGCCGCAAUGGCAGGAAGCGUGGUUGCCAUCAAGUUCUGCCCAGGAGGCAGCGAUCAGCAGACGAUCAGGGACAGUGCGGUCAUGGGCUUCCUAUAUGUGGCGGAGGUCGACGAGACGAAAAAGCGGUAUCGAUUCUUGGCACCACAUCCACAGCGAUGGGGCGACCGCGCUUUGGUAUGGGGCCACGGCUUUCCUGAGGCUGUUGGGGACAUUGUGACGUGAGUGGAAGGCGGACAGUUGGUACAGGACAAGGAGACCAUGCCUAAGGUGUCAAUAUCGCGAUACCUCAACCAGGAUGAUCCGAGCGAGUAUCGCAUUAAUCAAAGAUGCGAUUGCAUUAAAGGUCGACCUCGCUUAACUGGCGGACUGAAGAGGUAACUAGUUGUGAUGCUGUUAUCUCGGGACAGGCACUCUCGGAACCAUCGUGGCCAUCUAGGAUGUCAAAUCACUUGAAGAGUGUGUGUGUAGGCUAUUACGUGCAUGAUGCCUGAGGCUGCAACUGUGCACACUUCAUCUUUGGGCUUUCUGUAGAUUAGCCCUCUUCUGAAUACAUCACAGUUUAUAUC